AUGGAUUCUGUUAUUUUCGGUUCGGGUCUUUUUCUCUGUACCCGAGAGAAAAAGAUUGCAGAAUUCCAGCUUUUAAUUCCUAAAUCUUACAAGGAAAAGCAGGCGAAAGCUGGUAGGAGAAGGUAUAGGACAAUCAUUCGCAUCCAGUUUCCUGAUGGAGUGGUGCUCCAAGGUGAAUUUGUUCCUCGGGAGCCAACUAGUGCUCUGUACGAGUUCGUGAGCUCAGCACUGAAAGAACCCUGUUUUGAGUUCGAGCUGUUAGAUCCGAUAAUGGUUGGACGGAGGGCAAUCCCGUCAUUUCCAGCAGCAGGGGAGAAAGCCAGGACGCUGGACGAAGAGGAUCUGGUUCCUUCAGCGCUUAUCUAGUUCAAGCCUGUUGAAACAGAUUCCAUUGUAAAUUUGUAAUGAGCUCCUGGAAAUCAGUGAACCACUUGUACAAACAAUGAUCUGCUCGGGCGUAUGCUUUUAUCAACAUUUCUCUGUUUGUUGGGAUAAUAGAGUAUUGUUCAAAUUGUAUAAAUUGGUUUUAAAGAUGUUAUUUGUUCAUUUCUAUAUAUUUUUUUUCAACAAACCCAUAAUUUUUCUUCCC